AUGGCAGCCUUCCUGCAUAGCCGUCCAGCAAGUCAGAAGGCAAAGCUUAUCAUAAGACCAACAUUCCUGGGCCCUUGCUUAGUUUCAGUGCCUGUGGGCUUAUCGUGUGUGGUGCUCGCGAUGACGUUUCUACCGUCAGCAGUGCUGGACCAGCUUGAUGACGAGCAGACUGUUCUAUGGCCGGUGCUGGGCACAUUGGUUUUUCUUGCCUUCUACACGAGCGUGGCAACCAGUCGUGCCUACUUCCGAUCUGUGGAGGUGCUCCAGGAGGAGUUGAGCCGCUUCGUGGCCAGCAGCACCCUUUGCUGGUGCUGCUCUCAGGACCACAGAUCAGUUUCAGGUGAAGUCCUUGCUUGCGAUCGUCGGAUCGUGCUGCAGUGCAUCACAUCAUGGUUCGGUAGCGUCGAGAGGUUUGAGGAGACGGUGCGGACAGAGGUGCAGCGAAGUCUUGCCGACCAGCUUUCCAAGGAGAUUUUCACUUUCUCCCAAGUCGCUGCGUCAGCGGUUCCGUUGCUUUGGCAUUUCAUGGAUACAGCAUCUGAAAAACUUCACCAGCACGGAAUCGUGAUUUGGAGAGGUGCUGCCCGUGAGUUGGUCCGGGGCCUAGGUUGGGGGCUUGGUGUUUUGCCGGUGGCCUUCUUCGUUACAGCACAACUCACGCACCUGCUGCGACGCAGACGUGCUUGGAGAUGUUGCGAUGUAGCGACCAACUGUUUCAUUCUUGGAGUAUGCAUCCUGAUCUUUGUAGCAGCAUUGUAUCUGGAGCAGCAUUGCUGGAUAUUUGAGAAGAAUUUCUUCCCAGACGACGACGGUGAUGUGCUGAGAUUUCAAUGGAAUUUCCUUCCCGGCACAAGCUUGUUCGCUUUAAUCUUUUUCGUUCUGGCUGCCAUGCUGUCCAUGGGCCGGAGACAUGCCAAUUGCGUUAAGCCUACUUCAGUGCAACCGGAAGGGCAAACGAACCAGUCUGGAGCAAACCUGACACCGGCGAACCAGGAAGCUCAAUUUGCGAGGCCAGCGUCGCCCCAACUGCCUGGCGUUGAACCGCUAUAG